AUUUGAGUUGGGAGAAAUUGGCGAGGUCUUUCAAAGAACCACUCCCAAAUCUUUGUGCUUCUCACCAUCAUUCUUGCAAUCCAACGCGAAUCAGACAGCUCUGCGAUCCGUCCACGACACUGAAAAAUCUCACAAUAUAUUCACUUGAAUUUGAAAAAUCAGUAAUCAGGAACGAUGGCGACCGAAUCACAGCCGAGUCAACCGGUUACAACCGAGGCCGCAAUUAAGGCGCUGACUGGAGCUGCUCAAGACGCAGUGGACUCGGACGACUAUAUCACAUACUCAACAUUGCUUGACAUAUACCUGGAAGACCCCGAGCGAUACAGCGAGUCAGAUCGAGUCAAAAUUCUGCAGGCACUGGAAGACAUUCUUCGCAAAAAUGAAACGCUACUCUCCUAUGUGGCUUGGGAUCUUCCCGUACUACUACUGCCGUACCUUGCCUCGGACGAUCCUUUCGAUCAGGUAGCUGCUGCUAAGCACCCUACCCCGCGCAAGUCGACGCUUCGAUUAUUCAACCUCAUUGCCGAGAAAGGCAACGCAAAGGAACUCUUCUUGAAGGCAAUUGAGGCGCUUUCUACUCUUACCGUCGAUUUUUCGCCUGACGCUACUCCGGAGAAGAACCUCGACAGUGAGAAGUUGUUUGUACUGAAGUUUUAUGCGCUUUUUGAGGUGAUCAUCUCAGUCACUCGGCGGAUCACCACCCAAUACCCAUCCCGAUUCCUCACUGCCUCCUCUACCGCUUUGCUCUCAUUUUUCUCGUCACAUGUCGACGAGCUAAGCGAUCAGUCACUGCCCGUGCUUUUGCGCAGACUAUACCUAUUUUCCCGAGAUUACGUUCCACCACCUUCAAAGUCUCCGGUUGAUAGCGAGGAGGAAGCGCUCCAGCGACGAAUGCUGCAAAGCUAUGUCACGCAUAUGGUUGAGAUCAUGCUCCGUAACCGCAGCGUGGACUGGAGCCGGCGUUACUUUGCGGCAAUCAAGCCUGGUCUUGAGGUCAUACCGGUCAAGGAGCGCGAACGACCAGUUACGUUCGAAGGAGCAGUGUCUGCGAGUAUAACCGAGAUGCUCGAGCGAUUUAUGCAGCUGACUCUGUCGUACGAUAUCGAGCCCGUGGAGUUCCAAGCCACUAUCCUUCAGGAACCUCCAGAGCUUGAGCCCGAGAACGAAGACGAGAUCGAUCCCAGUUUCCCUGCUGCGCCGACCUCUAACGAGUCGAUUCCGUACUCUGCUGAAGGAUGCCUGCUUCUGUUGGCCGAGCACCUGAUCUCCGAGCCGAGCAUGAAGAUCAACUUUACGUUCCCUGAGAUUAUCCAGAUAACUAAACGCUUCGUUCUUCGCGAAGAGGGAGGCACGCCGGGAGCUGCAGUCUGCGACGCUAUCGGAUUUUUCGGAUGGCGGUUCCUGAGACAGGUCACCAGAGAGCAGAUCGAAGCUGUGAGCACCGAGGAUUUCAAUGGAUAUCUUCAGGUCCUGACCUCUUUGUCAGCGACAUCACCUCAUCCGCCAGUGCGAUAUCUGUUCCAUACUCUGGUUGUUCACCUGCUGUCGCGAGCCGAGCCUGAGAGAGCAUAUGGAUAUAUCAUCGACACUCUGCAGUUCUGUCCCUUUGAAAAUGUGCGCGGUGCUUUUGUCCUGGUGCUGAAAGAGUUUCUCUACGUGCCUUCUAACACCGAAAAGCCAACAAGCGACGACAAGGUGGUAUACGACGAGGCCAAACGAGAGCAAGUUGAGGAGCUGAUCCAGACGUGCGUGAGUGAUAUCGAAAACAGCCCCGGCCUGUUACUAGACGAGAAGUUCCCAACCCUGCUCGCAUGGGUGAACAACUUCCUCCCGAUAAUCGGCGGCAGCAAGAGUCUUUUAGAAGACAUUCUUCCACGACUCAAAAAGCUGAUAGAGCAAGACAAGGCCGCGGCGAAGAAGGACUCAGACGUAGACGAGACCGACGAACGGACAGUGCGGGCCGGGAUCCUGAGCUCGGGACUCGAGCUCUUGACGAGUGGCGAGCUUGGAAUUUCAGACAAGUUGUCGGCGCUGGCUGUGUCGGACUCGGAAAAGACGCCUGUGCCGACGGGGACUACGACGCCUACUGGGGGAAAGUAAAAUAUUGCUGGUUCUAUGCAGGCGCUACUUAGAAGAGACCUAGGGAGUUGUACACGCUGUCUUUUGAUUAUUGUUAAUUGUUAAAUCUGUUUGAGCUUGUUUUUGGAUAAGUUUCUAUUUAUUUUUCUAGCGACUACGAAUAAUAAGGCGUUUCUACGUACUUUGUACUCUGACACCCUUGUUGCCUCGCAGGUGGCCAAUAUAAUAACAACAACCAUCAGCAAAACAAUGAGCAUAUAGAGAAUAGAGACCACAUUUGGAUAAUGAAAGCACAGGCUCUUUAUCUGCAGCACAGGUCUGCGCGGCCAGGAGGAGUGGCCCUUGUUUGGGAGAGUAGAUGUAGGUGUGUGGCCUUGUGAGGCAGCGGC